AUGGGGAGGAAUAAGAAUGCAAUCUUGGGUUUUCUCAAAGAUAAAAUGCUCAAGAGAAUACAGAGUUGGGAGGGUCGGUUGUUAUCAAAAGCUGACCGAAAGCAGGGGUGGCGUCUUCUUCUGUAUGAAGACUCUCUCGUGGGACGCAUUUACAGGGCCCGUUACUACCCAAAUGGAAAUUUCCUUACAGCAGAGAUAGGUGAUAACCCAAGCUUUAUUUGGCGGAAUGUGUUUGAGUCCCAACAAUUGGUCCGUGAUGGUGCUAGAAGGAGGAUUGGGUCUGGUAUGUUUACCCUUGUGCUUAAUGUUCCUUGGCUGAUUUCUGAUGUGAAUCCUUGUGUUGUUUCUACCCAUCCUGCUCUGGCGAAUAGCACGGUAUCACAGUUGAUGCAUAUUGAUCGUAAGCAAUGGGAUCUUGAGGUUUUACACGAUUUGUUUGAGGCAAGGGAUAUUGGCUUGAUAAUGCAGUUGGAGUCUGAAUUAUGGAGGGCUCUAUGGAAAGUCAAAGUUCCUCCCAAGGUUCUUCACUUUGUGUGGAAAGCCAUCUCGGGGUGUUUACCAACUCGUUCCCAGUUACGUAAUAAGCAUGUUCCUGUUGACCCCCGCUGUGUGAUCUGCAACUCUGAUGAAGAAACCAUUGUCCAUGUUUUCGUUGGAUGUCAUUUUGCACAAUCUUGUUGGAAUAGGUCUGGUGUGGGGCUGCAGUUUUCUGCAGAAGCUACCUUUGCUGAUUGGUUUAAGGCGUUUUUGGUAGGGGUAGAGUGGCCUUGGUGGAUGAGCUAUUGA